UUAGCAUCAAAGGCAGAGAAUUUUGAUGUUCAAAUUCCAAAACGGAGGCCGAAAAAUUAAGAAUGAUUUUAAUCAAAUCGCCAGCCCUUUGCUUCCACCAACUCUGUCACAUCCCUGAUUAAAUAUUUAAAUCAUGGUUUGUACUGUUCUUGCUGGAUUCAGAGUGAUGUUAGUCUUCUUUUUUAACUUCAAGCCUGGAUGCGUCUAAUCCUUUAAGCUCACAGUCGACAAAUUUUUUUGAAAUUUUGGGACUGAAUGUGGAUAAACUCUUAGUGGCCACAUGCCAGCCAUUUCAAUGAAAUUUCUUCACUUUUGAUACUAAUCCCCACCUAAAUGGCUUCGGAUUGGUUGUUCAAAUCGUCGCCGUUGAAAUUUCUUCUUUGAAUUUGGGUAUUCUUCUUCAUCAGCUUUUCAGGUCAGGCUGUAUUUCUGUUCAGAGAGAUCUUGAUAUGGGUGGAAAUUGCAGGACGUUUGUUGGGUUUCUUCUGUUCUUCGUCAUUUCAUUCUUCCUCUGUUCUUCUCCUUUGUUUUGUGACGCUGCGAGUUCAAUCACAAGGGGCACAGGUUUAAGAGACAGUAAUAACGAGACCCUCAUAUCCGAAAAUGAGUCCUACGAGCUGGGUUUCUUCAGCCCCAUAAAUUCUUCAUCACGAUACGUUGGUAUAUGGUAUCACAAGAUCCCGGAACAGUCUGUUAUUUGGGUUGCAAAUAGGGACCAGCCACUUCUGAAUAGAGAUGGGGUUUUGAAGAUCGGAGACGAUGGGAACUUGGUCAUUCUGGACGGCAACAACGUCUCUGUUUGGACAAGCAAUAUCACAGCGAAUGCGUCUGAUCUGAGGAACUUAACUCUGGGUAAAAAUGGAGAAUUGAUUCUCUCGACCCACGACGAGCCGUCGAAAGUCCAUUGGAGCAGCUUCGGACACCCUACAGAUACAUUUCUUCCGAACAUGGUGGUGAAAGUGAACUCUGAUUUGGGUGAGAAACGGAUUUUUAGGUCGUGGAAAUCAGAGACAAAUCCGGCCGUCGGAAAUUACAGUUUGGGUGUGGAUCCUCUUGGAGCCGUACAGAUUGUCAUUUGGAAUGGGGAAGAUCGAUGGUGGAGAAGCGGGCACUGGGAUAAGCAGAUUUUUUCAGGGGUUCCGACCAUGCGCUCAACGUCGUUGUAUGGCUUCAAGGUUAACGCUGAGCGUCGAGACGAAAUAACCUUGACUUUUCAUCCAUUGAAUAACUCCGAUGAGAUGAAAUUUCAAAUACAGUGGGAUGGUAAAGAAGCAGAGCAACGAUGGAAUGAAGCGAAUCGCGUAUGGGACACCAUUCGUUUACUGCCUUCCAACGACUGCGAUUUGUAUAAUUUUUGCGGGGAUUUUGGGAUUUGUUCUGAAACAAGUAGACCCAAGUGUAGUUGCCCUCAUGGGUUUAUACCCAAAAACAACGAGCAAUGGAAGAGUGGGAUUUGGUCAGAUGGGUGUCAGAGGAAGACCCCAUUGCUACAGCAGAGGAUGAAUAGUAGUUCGAAUGGCACUGUUGAAGAUGGUAAAGAAGAUGGGUUUGUGGCUGUACAGUUCGUGAAAUUGCCUGAUUUCAUAACUGCAGUGUUUGUGGACUCUUGUAGAGAUGAUUGUGCGAACAGUUCUUCGUGUGUUGCAUAUUCGGAUGCUCAUGGAAUUGGGUGUCUUACUUGGGAUGGUCCCUUAAUUGAUAUUCAGAAAUUCGAUGGUGUUGGGAAUACUUUGAACAUUCGUCUCGCUCAUUCUGAUUUGAUACCUGUAGAUAGCGAGAGCAAAUUGUCGACCGCUGCGAUAGUAUUGAUAUGUUUAGGAGGAGCAGUUGUUAUAGCCAUGUUAGCAUUGCUGAUAUGGAAAUUCAGAGACAAAAUGAAAGGUUCGGCAGCUGCUGCUUUGAGUAAAACACAGAACAACAAUGAAAUGUUUGACCUGAGCAAGAGCAAAGAAUUUUCAGCAGAGCUUUCAGGGCCAUACGAAUUAGGCAGAGAAGGCGAACAAUUGAGUGGACCAGAUUUGCCAAUGUUCAAUUUCAACUGUAUAGCAACGGCUACUGGUAACUUCUCUGAGGAAAACAAGCUUGGCCAGGGAGGUUUCGGCCCAGUCUACAAGGGAAAGCUUCCAUGUGGCCUAGAAGUUGCUGUGAAGAGGCUCUCAGUCCGGUCUGGCCAAGGUCUAGAAGAGUUUAAGAAUGAGAUUAUACUGAUAGGAAAGUUGCAGCACCGCAACCUGGUCAGGCUGUUGGGCUACUGCAUUCAAGGAGAGGACAAGAUGCUGCUCUAUGAAUAUAUGCCAAACAAAAGCUUGGAUUGGUUUCUUUUCGAUCCAGUUAAGCAGGUACUACUGGAUUGGGAAAAACGGUUGUCAAUCAUGGAGGGAAUUGCACGAGGACUGCUAUAUCUUCAUCGAGACUCGAGACUCUUAAUCAUUCAUAGAGAUUUGAAAGCCAGCAACAUUUUGCUAGACGAAGACAUGAAUCCAAAGAUAUCGGACUUUGGUAUGGCUAGAAUAUUUGGCGGAAAUCAAAACGAGGCAACAAAUACAAUUCGAGUUGUUGGCACAUACGGUUACAUGGCUCCUGAGUAUGCAAUGGAAGGUUUAUUUUCGGUGAAAUCAGACGUCUAUAGUUUUGGUGUAUUAUUAUUAGAGUUAAUAUGCGGUCGGAGGAACACUAGCUUUCGGUCAACUGAGUACUUAACCCUUAUCAGCUAUGCAUGGAAUCUUUGGAAUGGAGGAAGAGCGAUCGAACUUCUCGAUCCGUCCAUUCGGGAUUCGUCCCGAGAGGAGGAAGUAUUGAAAUGCAUACAUGUAGCAAUGUUGUGUGUACAAGACUCCCCAGCAUAUAGACCAACAAUGCAGUCCUUGGUGCUAAUGCUGGAGAGUGAGUCUGCAUCUCUUCCACAACCAAGACAACCUACCUAUACUUCCACAAGAGCCUCAAUCGACAUCGACUUAUUUACCGAUGGCCAUGACGUUGUAUCAUCGAACAACGUAACAGUGACAAUGGUGGAGGGUAGAUAGGAUUUUCUUUUGGUUUUGGUUUUGGUUUGCUCUCUUAAUGUUAAUACGUGAUUUUACUGGUUUUUCAGACCAAAGGUCGUUAGUUCGUGAUGAAUGGUUGUUAUUUUUAUGAAACUAUUCAAAUUUUAUAACGCCCCA